AUGACGGCGUUUGCACAUCUUAGAAGAGGAGCUAAGAGAGCUCGAUCGAUUUUCCAAUCGCACCAGCACGUUUGGGGACGUCGAUGGGUAGCCGAGUGCCGUCAAUGCCCUUUUGUGCCGGAGCGCGUCCUCGUUCUGACGAAGAUCUCGAGGUAUCAAAUUGAGAAGCAGGUGAGUCCCCAUCUGAACGAGGAUCGAUUGAAGAGUCGACUCAUUGCGAUUGGGGCUGAUUACGAUGCCAUUUUGUCGGGACAUCUCAGGAACAAGGACACUCUGAUGAGAACGCUCGAGGCCCUCCAGCGUUUGAACAUUGAGUGUCGAAUAAGGGACAGAUAUAAUAUAGAUGAUGAGAGCGUCGCUUGGGCCGACCUGAUUUUGUCGGUUGGUGGCGACGGCACCUUCCUCCAGGCUGCCAAUUUAAUUGCCGACAAAUCCAAGCCUAUAAUUGGUAUUAAUUCGGAUCCAGAGUAUUCAGAAGGAUUUUUAAUACUAUCCGCUAAAUACACCAACGACAUAUCAAAGAUAUUUGAGAGACUCGGAGCUGGAGAGUUUAAGUAUCUCAUGAGGAGUAGAAUUAGAACGACGCUGUACGGUGAUAAUAUUUGGGAGGUGCCCUUUCAUCUGCACGCCCAUCGUUCUCUCAAUAAAUCUAAAACUUUCUACCAAAGCCAUUACGAGGCGACUAAACCUAAGGGAAGCGAACUGCCUAAGGAAAGGCCGUUACCUUGGCUGGCUCUUAACGAAGUUUUCAUAGGCGAGUGUCUGUCGGCACGGAUGAGCACCCUCUAUGUCAAUAUCGAUAAGGACAAAGGAUUCAAAAGAGUAAAGAGCUCCGGUAUGUGCGUAACUACUGGAACGGGUUCCACCUCCUGGUACAGAACGAUCAAUUAUCUAAAUCCACAAAUGGUUAAAGAUGUACUGUCUAUGGUCAAGUACGACAAGGCCCUCUCCCACGAAGAAAUAAAGAAAAUUUGUUUUGAUUUUAACACAGGACUGCAGUAUUCCGCAGAGGAGCUUAAAUUAGCUUACGUCAUUCGAGAUAUGGUUGUGAAGCACAUUUGGCCAUUACCAACACACAUAAAUUAUCGUGGCUUUUGCGAUGAGUUAACAGUGAGAUCGCAAUGCUACGAAGGCGGAUUGGUUAUCGACGGCGGUGUCGUGGCUCACUUUAACCUUGGCACUACAGCAAUACUUCAAUGCCUCGAAGAUGAUCAACUCUGCAGCAUUAUUUUCCCCGAUUGAUGGACUAAUGAAAAGAGAGAGAGAGAGAGAGAGAGAGAGAGAGAGAGAGAGAGAGAGAAAACAAUCAGUUUUUAAAAGUCGAGAACGAGAGGUUAUAAUCAAGAAUAAUAUAAAACUCUUUAGCGAGUCCAUAGGCUGUAGAAAGAAGUCCUAGUGGCUGGUUACAACUGUCUCACAAUU